GACGCAGUUGCUGUGGCAGUUUCUUUUGUAAACCUCGGCCUAUCGUCACCUCGCGAUAGAUUUCUUAUUUUUUUAUUUUAGUCGUUCCUUUCUCCCCCCCCCCUGUUGUGGGUAAAGAGUGAGCCAUGGCGGAGGACGUGUGCGAGGAGUACAAGUCGUCGCUGGAAGACUUGACCUUUAACAGCAAGCCGCAUAUCAACAUGCUGACCAUCCUGGCGGAGGAGAAUCUCCCUUUCGCGUCGCAAAUCGUCAAGAUUAUUGAAGCGCAAAUAGCCAAGGCACCAGCAGGGGAGCGCCUUCCCGUGCUCUACCUCAUGGACUCCAUCAUCAAGAACGUGGCCCAGGAUUACCUUGCGUUCUUUUCGCACAACAUUGUGACGACGUUUACUUGCACUUUUGAAAAGGUGGAUGAGAACACGCGCAAGAACAUGUUCAAACUUCGCUCCACGUGGGACCAAAUCUUACCGCCGAAGAAGCUCCACAGCUUAGACGUGCACGUCAACAAGAUAGACCCGGCGUGGCCCAUACGGCCUCCGCCCGCCUCCGCUAACACCGGCAGCAUUCACGUCAACCCCAAGUUCGUAACCAAGCUGCCUGAGGAGCCGAACCCUCCGGAGGCGGCCGAGGUGAUGAGGCAGCAGCUGCUGGCGAAGCAGAAGCAGCUGCUGGAGCUGCAGCAGAAAAAGUUGGAGCUGGAGCUCGAGCAGACGAAGGCCAAGCUGGAGGCAUCUUUGUCUGGGAACAUCCCCGGAGCACCCAGGCCCCUGGUUGGCCACCGUCCCCCCUCCGUGCCCGUCCAGGAGAUCAAGCCGCAGCCGGCGGCGCCGCUCUCUCACUCGCAGCUUACCACGAGCGCCGGGGGAGUUCCGGCGGCGCGGCACGGCACGGCCACCGUGAUGGUUCACCCGGGGCGCGACCCGCGUACCAACCGCGACCCCCGCAUGAACCGAGACCCCCGGCUGCAGAUGACGCAGCAGCAUCACGAGCAGCAGCAGCUGGCGUUGAUGGAGGAUCAAGUCAGUGAUGCGAAGGAGACGUCGCCGGUGCCCGCUGCGCCGUCGCGCUCCUCGCCCUGCCGGGCGACGCCGAGCCCCGCCCCCCGGGCCGAGGGCGGCAGCCCCCCCGAGGUGGCGGCGGCGCCGGCGCGACCGGCCGCCGGAGCGCGCUCGUCCCCCGCAUCGAAGCCGGUCGACAAACGGCACGAGGCGCCGGCGAAGGCGGCGGGCAAGCGGAGCGACGGAAAGGAUCCGCCGUUCGGCGGCGAGCGGAAGAAGGAACCCUCGUCGGGCGGAGACCGGAAGAAAGGGGGCGACGCUCCCGACCCCAAGAAGAUGGGCGACGCGUCCGGCAAGGACGGGCGCAAGGCCCCGCGCGAUUCGGCGCGAGCGUCCGCCAAGCCGCGCGACCGCUCCCCCCCGCCCCGGCGGUCGUCCCCGUCGUCGCGCAGGAGGGGUCGGCGCUCGCCGCCCGCCUGGGCGCCGGGGAGCGGCCGCAGGAAGACGAGCUCCCCCCUUCCCGCGUCGCACGGCGGCGGCGCGCGCCACAAAAGCCCCACGCCUCCCCCGGCCGGGCCGGCGGUCGCGGCGGGUGCGGCGGCGGCGACGUCGGCCGCGGCGACGGCUCUGCCGCGGGCGACGGACAAGCGGCGCGCCAGCCAGUCCCCCGCCAAGGCGGCCGACUGGCCGACCAAGCGGAGGAAUUUGGACUCUCCGCUCAGGGCCACGGGGAGCGACGCCGGCGCCGGGGGGAGCGGGCGGCGCAAGGGAGGCAGCCCCGGAGCGCCGUCGCGUAGCCGUGCGAGGGAGCGGGGGGAGCGCGGCGAGAGGGAGCGCGGCGAGGGCGUCCGUGGGAGCCGCUCGCCGAUGACGGAGGGGCGGUUGCCGACGAAGAGGCGGAGGAGCCAGUCCCCCAGGUCUCCGCGAGGCCCGGCGGCCGCCGCCGCCCCCAGCGGCGCCGGCUCGAAGAAGACGACUCCCGAGAGAGUGCCGCUGCAGGCCAACCUGCCGGCGCGGGGACCGCACGGCAAGGCCGGGUGGGCGCCCGCUGCGAGGGGGGCCGGCUGCGCCCCCCACCCACGGCACGGCCCCGAAUGGCGACGCAACAACAAACGCGGUAGUGGUGGUGGUGGCGGCGGUGGUGGCGUUGUCGCCGGCGGUGGCGGUGGGGGGGCCCGGGACAAGCCCCCCGAGGUGGAGAAGGAGCCGGAGUACCUGGGCUCGCCCCAGUUCUCGCCCGAGCCCCCCCCCUCCGAACCCGACACUCCCAACGCCGGCGAGGCCCCCCACCUGCACAAGCGCUUCCGCCGCUCUGCCUGGGAGCAGUUCAAGGGGAUCCGCACCGGCCAGGAGAACCAACCGCAGCAGCAGCAGCGGAGGGACUCUUGGGGCGCGGGGGUCAGCGUCCACCGCCGCUUCCCGUUCCCCCGCACGCCCACGCAGCACCACCCUCGGCCCAGCACCGACCCCGAGCUGCACAUCCCCAAGGAGAUCACGCAGGCCAACAAGCACGAGCUGUUGCGCAAGGCCGAUAUGCAGCGCGAGUCCGGCCUCAUCACCAACGAGCAGCACAUGCAGAUGGUGCACCAGCUGAACCAGCUGUUCAAGCUGCGGCCUCGCGGCGACUCGGGCCCGCGGCCCCUCCUGUCCGAGGCCGACAUGGCCUACUACCAGCACAAGGCGAGCCUCAAGCAGCAGGGCAAGCGGCCGCCCGGCGUGCACCCGAUGGCGCCGCACGGGGAGCAGCAGCCCUGCGACGGCCCGCGGUCGUUGCAGACCCCUCCACCGCCGCUCCGCUCCCUCGCCGACGGGCCUUGGCACGGCCCGCACGCGGCCGAGUCCAGCGCCUUCGACAAGCGGCCCGGCAAGCAGCCGGUGCCGCUGCCCGCCAGCCCCGGUGGCGUCUCCCGCAAGCCCCUGCUGAUGACUCCGACGCUGGGGCGGAGGCCUCCGCUGCUGGGACCAUCGCCGAACCUGCGGAGGGGGGGACCCCAGCCGCCUCCGCCGCCCCCCGUUCCCGUUGCCGCGACCGCCGCCGCCGCUCCUGCGGCCGCCACCGCCGUGGCCGGCGGCGCGUCGACGGCCGUGGCCGCGGCUGCCGCUGGCGCGGACGAAGCCGCGGUGAAGAGGGAGGACGAGGAGCGAGGGCCGGCCGACGAAGGCAGCAGGGCGCGCCGGGAGCGAGUGGAGCUGCCCAGGGAGGGCAGCGCCGGUCCCCAGGGUCCCGAGCCUCCGCGUGUGAGGGGGGGGCAGCGUGGCGAGUGGGGUGGGGGGCCCAGGAGAGUGGGAACCCCCCCCGAGCACUGGGUUCCUCCGCGGGAGGUUGGGGAGCGCAGAGGCAAGUUUGAGAAGCUUCCCGGCCCCGGCGUGGAGGAACUGCGGGCACGGCGCUCGCGCGACCCCUCGCCAGCGGUGGACGCCCCCUACGCCUCUCCGCACGGCCGCCCCUUCGACGGCGCCGACGGGUUCGGCCAACGUGGCGGGGCCGGCGGCGGCGGCUUCAACAACAACAGCAGCAGCAACAACAAAGACAACGACCCCCCCGGGUGGUGGCGCGACGAACCGCGCAGCCCUCAGCGCGACGACGAACUCCCUCCACGCCGCUUUGACGGGCCCCCUCACCCGCCCGGCCGGCCCGACGGUCCCGUCGACAGAUUUUCCGACGGGCCCCCGGAGAGGUUCGCCGACGGCCCCCCCCUCGGCAGGUUCCCCGAUAGGCCCGGCUCGAGGUUCGACGGACCCCAGGGGCCCGUGUUCGACGGGGGCCAGAGGUUCGACGGGCCCGCCUUGGAUGGGCCAAACUUUGACGGGCCGCAAGGGUCCCGGUUUGACGGGCCGCAGGGAGGACCGAGAUUCGAUGGGCCACAGGGCGGACACAGAUUCGACGGGCCGCAGGGCGGACACAGAUUCGACGGGCCGCAGGGCGGACACAGAUUCGAUGGGCCGCAGGGAGGACCCAGAUUCGAUGGGCCGCAAGGACCCAGAUUUGACGGCCCACAGGGUCCCAGAUUUGAUGGCCCACAGGGUCCCAGAUUUGACGGCCCACAGGGUCCCAGGUUCGACGGCCCACAGGGUCCCAGGUUCGACGGCCCACAGGGUCCCAGGUUCGACGGCCCACAGGGUCCCAGGUUCGACGGCCCCCAGGGUCCCAGGUUCGAAGGCCCACAGGGUCCCAGGUUCGAAGGCCCCCAGGGUCCCAGAUUUGACGGCCCCCAGGGCAUGCGAUUCGACGGACCCCAGGGCCCCAGGUUCGAUGGGCCUCAGGGUGUGCGUUUCGACGGCCCACAGGGUCCCAGGUUCGACGGCCCGCAGGGCAUGCGAUUCGACGGACCCCAGGGCCCCAGGUUCGAUGGGCCUCAGGGCGUGCGUUUCGAGGGACCCCAGGGCAUGCGAUUCGACGGACCCCAGGGUCCCAGGUUCGACGGCCCGCAGGGCAUGCGUUUUGAGGGACCCCAGGGCAUGCGAUUCGACGGCCCGCAGGGCAUGCGUUUCGAGGGACCCCAGGGCCCCAGGUUCGACGGGCCCCAGGGUGUGCGGUUUGACGGGCCGCAAGUGCCCCGAUUUGAAGGGCCGCAGGGCGUCCGAUUCGAAGGGCACCGCUUCGAGGGGCCUCGCAUGCUGCACUUUGAGGGGCCGCAGUCUCAUCCGGGGCCACGAUUCGAUGGGCCUUCGGUUCCUCGGUUCGACGGCCCGGGCGGCGCCGGGGCUCAGUUUGGCGGGCAGCAGCAGCAGCAGCAGCGUCAACAACAGGCCGCGUUUGAGGGGCCGCACGGGGGGCAGCGCUUUGACGGCGGGCCGCAGUUCGUGACGCAGCAGCCGGGCCACCAGACGGGCCCCUUUGGAUUCCCGCCGGGUUCCCACCUCCAGGGAAUGGCGAUGGGGCCCAACGACCACCACAUGGGCAACCUCGGCAUGGGCAUUCCUCAGCACGGCCAGCAGCUCAUGGGCAUGGGACCCCGGCCGCACUUUGGCCCUGGGGCGGGCCAGCCGUUCAUGCCGGCCUCCCAGGUGCAGGUGGCCAUGAUGUCCCAGGCCCUGCAGCACGGCGCCAUGAUCCGCGGGCCCAUGCAGCAGCAGCACCAGCAGCAGCUCAUGCAGCACCAGCAUCGCAUGUCGAUGGGGCUGAUGGGAUCGGACAACCACAUCGGCCAGGUGGACGUGAACUCGCUGUUCUCGAAGCUCGUGGCCUCGGGAAUCCUGCAAGUCCAGACGACGACGACCCCCGGCACCGCCGACGACGCUCGCAACGAGAGCAACGCUCGGGUGACGGAGGGGGCGGCCAAGAAAGCAGAGGAGGCCUCGAAAGAGGAUGAGGAGGUGGACGAGGAGGAGGAGGAGGACGACGAUGUCGACAUGCCGGACCUCUCCGGCUUCGCCAUCGAAGACCUCAAACAGCGCUACGACGGGGUGGUGCAGCGCCUUUACUCGGGCAUCCAGUGCUACUCGUGCGGCAUGCGCUUCACGGCGCGCCAGACGGACGUCUACGCCGACCACCUCGACUGGCACUACCGCAUGAACCGCAUGGACAAGGACCUGAGCAAGAAGGUCACCCACCGCCGCUGGUACUACUCGCUCGUGGACUGGAUCGAGUUUGAGGAGAUCGCCGAUCUGGAGGAGCGGGCCAAGAGCCAGUUCUUCGAGCAGGUGCAGGAGGAGGUGGUCCUCAAGACGCAGGAGGCCACGCGAGAGAAGGAGUUCCUGAGCGUGCCCGCCGGGCCCGCCGGCGUCGAAGAGCUGUGCGAGAUCUGCCGUGAGCAGUUUGAGCAGUACUGGGACGAGGACGAGGAGGAGUGGCACCUGAAGAACGCCGUCAGGGUGGACAGCCGGACGUUCCACCCGACGUGCUACGAAGACCACAAGGAUUCGUCAUUUGACCUCACUCCGACUCCCACGACCUCCAUGCAGGAGAACCCGCUCGAGUGCGCACUGAGCGACGCUCGCGAACCCGGCGUUGUUGACAACGAUGGCGCCGCCGACGCCGUCCAUUCGGCGUCGUUGGUCGCGUGCGGCUCCCAGGACUCGGCGCUGGGCAGCUCGCUGGAAAUCUCCCCGUCAGACUCGGCUCCGCAGGACGCUGCGCCGUCGCGGGAGAGCCGUCCGACCGGGGUCGCGGUGGAAGCCGGCGGAGACGCCGUCUCCGCGCCGGACGGCGCCGACGGGGGCUCCGACCGGGCGGGCGAACGGCCCGCCGACGCCGCGGAAGCUGCCGGUAACGCUGCUGUUACCGCUGCCAGUACCACCGCCGGUACCGCCACCGCCGCCACCGCUUCUCCCUCGCCGCCGGGCGGCACCGAGGUGUCGGUGCGACCCGCCGACGUGCAGGUCAAAAUGGAGAUGGAGUGAACAUUGCGGCGUUGCGUUUGACGUGCCAGGCCCGCUGCUGCCGCCGCCGUGUGCUGUGAGGGCCAUCGAAUUAAAAAUGCGAGGCGGGUGAAAAGCGGUGGUCGGCCGCUAUCCUCAUGCCCGCUUGCGAUCUGUUUAUCGGCGCGGUUUUUAUUUUUUUCUCCUCAAAAGAAAUGUCUCAAAAGAGUGAGUCGGACCCACCAAACGCACGCAAGUCUUGCCGAGGCCGCUGCUGCUUUGGGGUUUCUUUCGGGCCCGCAGGAGGACGUCCGUUUGCGUGGCAGUGCGUGACGCGGCUGCCUCAUGUGCGCGUACGGCGCACUUUACUUGAACCGCCAUCUCGGUCUUAAGAAUACAUUUUCUUUCGUUAACUCACCGAGAAGGGAUGAAACCCAUCCCAUCUCUCGGGAACGUAGCCCCCUCCCCCCCCCCCCCCCCCUUGCUGAACAACUUCCCGCGACUUGGGCAACUUUGCACUGCAGGUCGCGAAAUCCUUGCCAAGCGAUCGGGGAGAAUUCGAGGCACGUUGGGGAGUUCAUUUCUGUGAGCGGGCAGACUCCUUUCCCCCCCCCCCAACCCCCCACCCCGCGCGACGACUUGUAUACAUGUGUAUAUGCGGCAGAAAUCUGUAAAUUAUUAUUACCGUUCUGAGAAUAAAGAUAUUUUUGAUAACCGCCUGGUGUGAGCGCCCAAUUGUCGGCCCGGGUGGGCACGAGCGAGUGGGUGGCGAAUUCGCCUGCUGGUAGCUUCUUUGUUGUGGCUGUGACCCCCCCCUUCCCCCCAGUGUGGCUUGCAGGGGGAUCGGUUCAUUCGUCCGCUCGACUGAACACGCAGCGCUAACCCCCCCCCCCACCCCCCCUUUCGUCCGUGACGGCUCAUGAAGUAAUUUAGCCAAAAUUGAAGCUGCGAAAUUUUUUGUUGUCGUGUUUCUCAAGAUGCUUUAAUGGAAUUUUAAAAAUGAUUUGCUAAAAUGCCGACUUUCUGCCCCCCCUCCGUGUGUGCGCGUUUUAAGCGUUUGGUUAUCGCGUUCUGUGUGCACGCGGCUACGUGGUUUGUGGCGAGUGCGCGAAUAGACGCGGCUCAGACCCCCUCCCGAGGCGUUUCGAGGCGAACCUUUGGGAGCGAUUUGACAGAAUGGCGUCCUUGGCGAUCGCCGGUGAACGUGGGAUGGGAGGGAGACAAACCCAGCGAGGAUGUGGUCGUUGCGGAACGCGUGCGCUGUGUGUACCGGUGACUUACGAGUCGUGUCGAGGUGUAAAUACAGCGCCCUUGCUUUAGUUAGCUGUCAGAUUUAAGUUUUACGAAUUUAAGGGCGACACCAGUGGCGUCGUCGCACUUGAACACCACCACACACCCCCCCCCCCACCACAGGUUUUCAAACAUUGCCGGCGAUUCGUGUAAAACACAUUCUUCGUUCAAUAAAAGUACGCCGAAAGUGA